UCACUUGCAACAUAUGAACGGGCAGAGAAAUGUCAAAAUGGCGUCGUCGCAGGACGCUUGGUAUCUUUCUCUGCUGGGGUUAGCGGAGAAUUUUCGCACGUCGAGUCCGCCCAACUUCAAGUUGUGCAUUCAGUGCCUUCAGGCGGUGUUCAACUUCAAGCCCCCGCAUAGGGUGGAGGCCCGCACGCACCUGCAGCUCGGCAACAUCCUCCUCACGCACACCAAGAACAUCGACCUGGCCCGCAACCACCUCGAAAAAGCGUGGCUGCUGUCGCAGAGCAUCAACGGCUUCGACGAUGUCAAGUUUGAGGCGGCGUCCGUGCUGGCCGAGCUGCACGAUCAGCAGAAAAACUCGAACGCUGCCAAGCCCAUCCUGCGAAAGGCCAUCGAGAUCUCGCAGAACAGCGUCUACUGGCACUGCCGACUCAUUUUCCAGCUCUCUCAAAUUCACGCCAGCGAGCGGGACUAUGAUCUGGCCAGCAGCUUGCUCGGGGUUGGUGUCGACUAUGCAGCUAUUUCGCAGGCAAAUUAUACCAGGGUGUUGUUUCUCCUCAGCAAGUGCAUGCUCCUGCUGAUAGACAAGAAAUUCCAAGAGGUGAAUCAGUUGCUGGCACAAGCGGGACACCUUGUCGACACCUGGGGCGGAUCGCAGCACCAAAAGGAGUACCUUAAAGUUUUCUUCCUAGUGCUUCAAGUGUGCCACUACCUUUUGGCUGGGCAGGUGAAGAGUGUCAAGCCUUGGCUCAAACAGCUUCAACAGAGCAUCCAAAUCAUUAUGCAGCCCUCGUGGCCAUCUGAUGAAGUGUUGACCGCUACUAGUCCUGGAGAUAUGUUUAUUUGGAUGCCAAAAGAGCAUCUAUACGUGUUGGUGUACCUGGUCACUGUGAUGCACAGCAUGCAGGGGGGCUACAUGGACAAGGCGCAGAAAUACACCGACAAAGCCUUCACCCAGAUAGAGAAGCUCAAAAUCGUGGACAACAAGCCAAUCCUGUCGGUGUUCCACCUGAUGCUGCUGGAGCACAUAAUCAUGUGCCGGCUGGUGAUGGGCAACAAGUGUCUGGCGCUGCAGGAGAUCUCGCAAGCGUGCGCGCUGUGCAAGAGCCAUCCGCGGCUGCUGCUGACGCACCAGCCGCAGAUCCACACGCUGCUCGGCCUUUACGCAAUGAGCAUGAACUGCAUGGAGGCGGCCGAGGCGCAGUUCCUGGCGGCGCUCAGGGAGCUAAGCCAAAGAUUUCAAAUCUUUCAGACGUCGUCCGAGCGCGAGCUGUGGAAUUUCGCCAACUUGAAUUUAGCCAUUGUGUACCUACGCGCCAAGCGGGAGCCCGAGUUCACGGCCCUGCUCGAGCGCAUCGACCCAGAGACUAUCACCUCCAAUUCGCACAGCAUUCGUGCCGCCGCCUACUAUGUCCAGGGCCUCCAGUCAUUCUUCCAGGCGCGAUACAAUGAAGCCAAGCGAUUCCUGCGCGAGACGUUGAAGAUGGCGAACGCGGAAGACCUAAACAGACUGACCUCAUGCUCUCUCGUGUUGCUCGGCCACAUUUUCCUCUCACUCGGCAACAGCAGGGAAAGUAUGAACAUGGUCACGCCCGCCAUGCAGCUUGCCUCCAAAAUACCUGACGUCCACGUUCAACUGUGGGCCUCUGCCAUUCUUAAAGAUCUGUACAGGAUGUGCGCGGACCACUCGCGAGAGAACGAGGCGUACACGAUGCACUGCAACUUCUCGCAGAUGCUGCUCAAGGACCACUUCCAGGCGUCCAACAUGCGCGAGCACGAUCUGAUCAACUGGAUCGAGGGCGCCGUGCCUGUAGUGAGUGGCAACCCACCAAGCACCUCGUCGGCCAUCCUCUGAUGCGGUGGAGGAGCAGAAGCGCCGGCCUGCCCCGCGAUUUGCAAGGACUUGUGUUUUAAUGUGAUAACUGACGACAAAGACGUGACACAGGGAGCAGCGCGCAGACUGAAACUGCCGCUCUCCCGGCACCACGAGUGCUCCUCCGCGCCACGACUCUUUAAUACUCCUGCUUUUAAUAAAUGAAGACAGACCACACUGUGUACGUACAAAAAAGGACCCGAGUGGUGCCCACCGCGAUUACUAACUGUUAAGGCAACCCUGGUCAGUUUCGCUCUUGAUUUAAAUUUCUACUAUUUUGGAUCAGAAAUGUUCACUUUUGUGAGUUUUGCGUCUACCACCAGUCCCAAAAUUUUCGAUCUAGUGUUGUUUCCGAGCCCAGGCCAAGACAUAUUUCAUUUUAAACCGUUAUAUAAGUCUAAUUUUUGUUUGAUCGUGAUGACUUGUAGUGUUUAAAUUGAUAGAUGAGUCAUUUUAUAAUUUCCGAAAUUCAUUGGAAAUUUUUAAACCAGCUUCAAAGCUGGUAUUUUAGAAAAAUUUCUUGCAAACUAAAACAUUCUCUGGAAGCUAAUAAAAUUUGCUGUAUUUUCAUUAAAUGUUUAUUUAUUUCUUUAAAUUCAACUACUCUAAUUAUUAUAAAGUAGCAAGUAGCACUGGAAUUUCAUUUUUGACAGUGCGGAUCAGUUCCUAAAGGUUGAAUUAAUUUGGUCAGCCGUUCUCUCUGUCAAAAAUUGGGUUCAACAUUGGUUUCAUUUUAACCUAGUCGUAAGAACGCUGCCGACCAGUCAGAGGAGAGAUUGGUUCUAUCUGAUUGGCCAGAUCGAGACAGUGGCAGCCAGAGCAAUUGGCAGGCAGGUCAUCCAGCAGCACUGACUUCCGCUGGCUGUCGCUGUGGCGCUGCUGUCUCGAUCUGUUCAGCCAGAGAGCCACUCCCUACUCUGAUUGGUCGCCGGCGUUCUUAUGAUCAGGUUCAAAUGAAAAACCGCCAAAGUGUGUACUUUUCAACCAAUAUUCGAUCAAUUGAUUCAGCUGCCUAACCUUAUCUGACCCUCGGGAAUCGAUUCGCUCUGUCAAAAAUAAAAUUGCAGUGAAAAUUUGCACACAGGAGCAGAAGGAACGCAGGAUUGCCUUUUUUGUACCCAACUCCCGCGCGUUGCACAGCGAGUGAUGUCGAUUGUAUAUUUUUAUUACGGUGCUCGCCUGCUCGCUCGCAAGAAAUGAUCACGUUGUGCGUGUCUGCUACAGAAAGGUUGCGUUUUUAUUUUGUUUUAAAUGAAUUUACCAUUAAUUUAUAUACAUGAAGGAAUAUGCAACUGUUGUGAAUCAAUGUGGAACCUGAACGAUGACUUUUUGACACCAUCUCACACACAUCAUUAUUGUUUCUACGGGAGACAUUUAUUUGUGUCCAUUAACCUUUUCAGAGCAAUAAAAAAACAGUUGUCCACGGUUUUAGAA